AUGAAGAUCUUUUCGCAGCGCAAAGCCACUUUUGUGGCUUUUGCAGGCAUUGCCUAUUUCGCCUCGACGCCCUCCGUUCUAGGGCAAAGGGCGGGGGAUGCAGCCGAUCCCAUUGGCCAGCAGACGUUCAAUGCGCUCAACAAUGAUCACCACCACCAUCACCGCCUAAUCGGCAAGGAGGUGCAUCUGGUACGUAAUGGCGUCAUUAUCGACACACUCAAGUGCCCCCUCAAAGUAUGCGGUGCCAUUGCCGUUGCUGUCGAAGCCGUCGAUUCCAACAUUGUUGAUGCCAGUUCGAGCGCUUUUAGUGCCAAGAACAGCGGUGGAACCGACUCCAUUCCUCAAGUCUACAUCGAGGCGGGUUGGACUGCUGAUGAACCUAUGGCCAACCAGGACGUCACUGGUCCCACCGAGACGACUGACGACUCCGAGGAGACUGACUCCGAGGAGACUGAGUCAGAGGGCUCUGAUACCAUUGAACCGGCCAAGAGGGAUAACGCUGCUGAUACAGACUUCGAGGCCUCUAACCAUGAUGCCGGGCACAAGCACAGGCAUCACCAUCACAACAAAAACUGCCACCACGACAAAGAACAACAACACAACCACAAGAACAAGCACCCCUGGAGGGACCUCUGCGUCGCCGUGGGAGAUUUCUGCGGAUCCAGCCUCUAUGGGUGCGACUUUGACCCCAAGACGUGGUAUCAUUGCUCCGCCAUUGGUGCAUGCCCCACCGUCAUCGAGGUCAACUCAGUGAAGUGUGGAGGUCCUCCCCCACGGUACCUUCAAGGAGACUACUCCAUGCACGGCUCCCAAUGUCUGCAAUGCUGGCAAUUGCGUGGACCCAUGCGCAUGUGUAGGCACCACCACGACAUGUCUCAGCGGCCUCUCCUCAAGUUGUCAACUUCUGUUUCCCACCGCUACUACGACGACCGUCUUCCAAUGUACCAGCGGUACCUUCAAGGAGACUACUCCAUGCACGGCUCCCAAUGUCUGCAAUGCUGGCACAUGCGGCGUGGACCCAUGCGCAUGUACUACAGGCGGCAACCCGAUAUGCUUCACGGCCAUCCCAGCAACUUGUCAAAGUAG